AUGAAGGUGUACAUAUUUGGUGCGACAUGUAUUCCGUCUUGUACCAAUUUCACAUUGAAGAAAACCGCCGAAGAUAACAAGCAUGAUUAUUCCCCAGAGGUAAUUGACACAGUAAAGAAGAAUUUUUAUGUAGAUGAUCUUCUCAAGAGCUUGGAUAAUCCAGAGAUAGCUAUCCAAAUGAUUCAACAACUACAGAUGCUUUGUUUACGUGGUGGAUUUAACCUGACUAAAUGGUCUAGUAGUAACAAAGAGGUCAUCAAUUCAGUACAUGAAGAUCAGCGGUCGAAGGAGUUAAAGGGUCUUGAUUUGACAGAGGAAACGAUACAAAGUGAGCGUACUUUAGGUGUGAGAUGUGACUUGGAAAAUGACACGUUCCAACUUAGUCCACCCAGAGUAACGAGUCAGGAACAACCAUGGACUAGAAGAAGGCUCCUAUCUAUCGUCAGUGCAGUGUUUGACCCGAUGGGGUUACUGUCUCCAGUUGUGUUGCCGGCUAAGAUAAUAUUUCAAAAACCUAUUAGUUUGAAUGGCUCUGAUUGGGAUGAUGAAUUUCCAGAGGAACUACAGAAGGAAUGUAUAAAAUGGUGGCAUGAACUGCAAUUGCUGAAAGAUGCUGUAAUGCCCAGGUGGCUCAAACUGCAAAUGUCAGUUGCAUGUGUUUAG